AGUCUCCACCACCUCCCUACUCUCGGUUGUCUCCUAAUGAUGAGCAAAAGCCACUGGAUCUAUCAGAUUCCACGUUGUCUUACACUGAAACAGAGGCUACAAACUCACCCAACGUCACGCCCGGAGACUUCUCAGACGCCAGCACGUCGCCCGACGCCGUGAAGAGGAGCCAUUGGUGCAACGUGGCCUACUGGGAGCACCGGACGCGCGUGGGCCGCCUCUACGCAGUGUACGAACAGUCUGUCAGUAUCUUCUACGACCUACCUCAAGGAAACGGCUUCUGCCUGGGACAGCUGAACCUGGAGAACAGGAGCGAGACUGUGAGAAGGACUCGAAGUAAAAUCGGCUACGGGAUUUUACUCAGCAAAGAGCCGGACGGCGUGUGGGCCUACAACCGCAGCGAGCACCCCAUCUUCGUCAACUCCCCGACACUGGACAUCCCCCACUGCAGGACCCUCAUCGUGCGCAAGGUGAUGCCGGGCUACUCCAUCAAGGUGUUUGACUACGAGAAGUCCUGCCUCCUGCAGCACGCCGCCGACCCGGAGUCCACGGAGGGGCCCUACGACCCCAACAGCGUGAGGAUCAGCUUCGCCAAGGGCUGGGGGCCCUGUUACUCCAGACAGUUCAUCACCUCGUGUCCUUGUUGGCUGGAGAUUUUGCUCAGUAACAAUCGAUAA